AUGGGAAGAUCACCAAUGGUUCCCAUGGCUGUUCUUGUCUAUGUUUCUCUACUGUUCUCCGUUUCUUAUGCCUCCACGUUCGUCAUCACGAAUAACUGUCCCUUUACUAUUUGGCCCGGUACUCUUUCAGGCUCUGGCACCCAACCACUACCCACCACAGGUUUCAAGCUUGAUGUGGGACAGUCUGUUAAAAUUCCCUCGGUUGUAGGCUGGUCAGGUCGGAUAUGGGCUAGGACCGGCUGCAACUUUGAUGCCAACGGCGCGGGAAAAUGUAUGACCGGAGACUGUGGUGGGAAGCUGGAGUGUGCUGGUAAUGGUGCUGCUCCUCCCACAUCACUUUUCGAGAUUACGCUCGGUCACGGUUCUGGUGACAAAGAUUUCUACGAUGUGAGUCUCGUUGAUGGGUAUAACCUCCCCAUAGUUGCUAUCCCAACAGGUGGUGGAGUAGUUGGAGCUUGUAAUGCUACAGGAUGUGUUGCUGAUAUUAACAUUAACUGUCCAAAGGAGCUUCAAGUGAUGGGAGAGAGAGAGCAAGAAAGAGGAGUAGGAGGAGGAGUUGUGGCUUGCAAGAGCGCUUGUGAGGCCUUUGGAUUAGACCAGUACUGUUGCAGUGGUCAGUUUGCUAACCCAAAUACAUGCCGGCCGUCUUCAUACUCUACUGUCUUCAAGAGAGCUUGUCCUAGAGCUUAUAGCUAUGCCUUUGAUGAUGGAAGCAGUACUUUCACUUGCAAGGCUUCUGAGUAUGCCAUUAUCUUUUGCCCUGGCAGGGUAAAAAGACCAAGCAGCCAAGACUCGGAUCCCCCUAGCCAGCCUCAGAAUCCAUAUGGACAACCUAUGGCUCCACCAACUCAGAAUCCAUACAGUCAACCUAUGGCUCCACCAACUCAGAAUCAGAACCCGCCUGGACAAAACCAGAAUCCGAUGCCUCCUCCACCUCAGAACCAGAAUGGGCAGUUUAUGAUGCCUCCUCCCAGUGAAAACCAAGCUCGAAACGACCAGUUUAUGAAUCCGCCAAUGGAGGAUGAGAGUCAGAGAGCCGAAACUGGGAGGGUUACCAAGACUCCAUCCUCGUCUGAUAUUCUUCGACCUUACCCUGUCUUGUUGCUUCUUGGCCUUAGUCUAGCUGCUUUGAGGCAGUCAUGUGCAAGAUGA